GCCCAGCUUCCCUGUCACACACAUAUCCUUUCCCAUGUGCUUUGCUCAUGGGUGCAGUGCUGGGCCUCUUGGAGUUGGAUGCCCGUCUCCUGGUCCUUUGCGGGCCCACGUCCUCAGCACGCCUUGCGUGUGCCUCCGCCGCAUGCGUGUCCACGCUGCCGGCGGAAAGGCGCCGGGCAGUGCAAGCUGCCCAAGGGGUCGAGGAACCGGAGCUGGUGGAGCAUGGGCCGCUGCCAGUGGAGGCACUAACCCAGGCACUCCGCACUGCUUGCCCCGAGCUGCUGGGCGACCGCACCUGGCUGCAUCUUCUGCAACCCUUGUGCAGCUCUCCGCCGCCCGAUGCGGCUGCCGACGGCGUGCUGGCUGCCGUGGCUCGGCGCCCAGCGCUCGCCGGCUGCGCGGCGGUGUGGGCCGCAGCACUGGGGCGUCGCGCGCUGGCCGUGGAGCUGCAGGCCAUGGCGCCGACCGAACCGCGGCCAGCGGUGCUGCGGAGCAUGGAGGAGACGGGAAACGUAGAGCAAUUCUUUGAAGAUGUGUUGGAAGGACGCUUAGUCAGUGUGAUCCUGCACCUGGCGCGUGGCGUCACAGUGGAGGCGACUGGUCCGGCCAUCCACCGGAACGACGUGGGCUGCUGCCGGUGGACUCCUCUGGCGGCCGCGGCCGACUCGGCCGCGCGGCGGACGCAAGGCCUGCUUAUCGCCCACCUCCUGCUACUUGCCCGGGCAGACGUAAACCGCUCCUGCCCUGGGCCCUGUGGCUGGACUCCUUUGAUGCGUGCUGCUUCCUGUGGCGCGCCGGCAAUACCAACCCUACAGCUCCUCGUGCAGGCGAAGGCGGACGUUCGGAAGCGCCACGAGAACGGCUCCACCGCCCUGGAGAUGGGUGACCAGACCUCCGCGCGCGCCCUCCGUGCGGCGCGCGACGCCCGCAGCCGAGCCGAGGAAGCUGCGGCCGCGGCCGCGACGGCCGCAGGCGCGCGUGGGGCUGCGAAGCCGAAGGCUCGGCCGAAGAGUAGCGCUGCCCUGUUGGCCUUGCAGAAUGCAGGGCGGAGCUCCAAAGGGAGUGGGCGUGGAACACGACGCUAGGGAAACAGGCUUUGGGUGUAUAUCUUGUUGAGGGCCAAGACACCAAUGGAAGACCGCCCUUGAGCUGUAGAGCUUUUGUCCAGGUCUUUGUUCAAGGGCGUUGGACCGACUUGGAUGUGCCAGCCUGCGAGACCGGGAAGUCAAG